AUACAUCAAGUUCGAAGCCAAUUACCGGAAGAUCCACGAAAUCCUCUGUUGAUACUUUCUCAGGAAUGUGUUCUGAUCACGACCUGGAAAUACUGAAUUUGUACUGUCGAACUUGUGAUAAAUUAGUAUGUACUGACUGUGUCCUCAAAAAGCACAAAUCGCAUGACUGGUGCAAAGUCAGGGACAUAGCAGACGAGAAACGCGCCUCGCUCUCAAAGAACACAAAACUGGCUCACGAGAAAACCCUUCCUAAGAUGAACCACACCCUACAGGAUGUUGAACAUAUCGCUAAAGAAAAUCAAAGGAAGAAGACCGAGACACUGCGAAAUAUCGAAAAGCAAAGCACUGCUAUCUUGACGAACGUAAGGAAGAUGGAGACGAAGCUUAAGGAGGCGCUAGAACAGAGUUUCCAGUCGUAUAUAGAGGCGGAGAGGGAGCUUCGUGAAGACUUUAGGGAUUUGUCUGGUUUGACAAAAGAGUGCGAGAAAAUCUUACAGAGAGGAACUGAUUCCGAGGUGAUCACAGCGAACUGUAAGCUGGAGAAGUACAUCAAACAGGUACACGAAUUGGACAUUGAAACAUUCAAAAGCGAGUCUUCCUUCCAAACAGGGAAAAUCGACUCCAACACAUUAGAGAACAUGUUUGGACAAAUUAAUCUCGUCCGACGAAAAGGGCAGACCAAUACCGAGUAUAUUCCAAAUAUUGUUAUUGGCGAAAAGAAGGCAUUUUCAUACACCAAAAUACAAGACGAUAUAAGCUCCAUUUGUUCUUUGGGGAAUAGAAUAUGGCUUCAUCCUCGAGGUUCAACGGACAAUUUUGCUCUGGAUCAUAAUGGAAAUCUUCUAAGUGUGAAAGAUUUCGGUGUAGUUGUGUCCUAUGGUUUUGCAAAAUCACAAGAUGGAUGUCUCUUGUGCGUGGAUUUCGUCGGCAAGGUGAUUCUGAAGCUCUCUGGAGACGGAAGACUGUCAAAGGUCAUCAAUACUGACCCUCUGAAGCCUCUGUCAAUUUGCAUGACCCGUGAAGGCCAAUAUCUUGCUUGUCUAGAGGACAGCACAACGAACGGCCAUACUAAGACCGGUCACUGUAGGGUAUUCAGACUUUCUAUAAGCGGUCGUAUUAUCCAAAGCAUUGGAGCCAGACUUUUCAACAUGCCAAGAAAAGUAGCUGAGAACACAAACGCCGAUAUCUGUGUCAUUGACAGAGUGCCCGACCAGAACAGCCGACUGUAUGUUCUGUCGUCCAGUGGAGUUCUCAAAUUUGAGUUCUCCACUCAGUCUCCUUGGGACGUCUGCUGUGACCAAUACUCCAAUAUCAUCGUCAUCAGUCGCCAUUGUUCUGACGUCACGAUUCUCGAUAAGAAUGGGCUUCAUUUAGAAACGUUUUCAGCAUCGGAUAAAUUUAAAAGUGCAUUGUCUGUCAGUAUGGACAGCGAUUCGAUAUGGGUCUCAGGAACCAAUGGGUGUGUUGCCAAAAUAGAAAUCACAUACAGCUGAUUCUGUUUUGAACGUAAAUAGACAUUUAUCCA